UCUACAGUAAAAGCUCCCACCCAAAUGGCUGUUUCCGAGGCGUUAUGCGAGGGUGUUUUUAAAAUCUGGGAAAAAGAAAAGUGCACAGUGUGCUUACUCAAUCCGGUUUUGGUCCAAAAGCUCUUAACGGGCUCGAUGCACCUAAAAUAUGACCUUAGUCACAUUGGUGUGUUUAGUAUGAUUGGUCAGCGGUACAGCUUGGAUACAGUGGCAGCACUCACCAAAAUAUUCCCUAAAGUAGCAAUAGUACUAUCGUAUUCGUCUUCGGAGUCGUGGUUACUUGCGAAAAUGAUAGUAAACAAAGAAACUGCUGUAGAAGAAAAGUACGCCAAACUGACCAUUGAAGAAGGUGUUGAAGUUAAAAUUGUCGACGAAGAAAGUAACUUGGUAUCAAGAGGAACUCCUGGAGAGAUCUGUGCGCGAAACGCCUCGGUAUUUUUGGAAUACUUGGGUAGCCCUGAAGCUACCAAGCGAACCAAAUCAUCGACAGGCUGGGUUCACAUGGGAGAUACAGGAAUAAUGUAUGAUGAUGGUAAGAUCGAGGUGAUUGGAAGAAAGACAGAAAUUAUCAAACGAGCAAGCGUGAAGAUUUUUCCUGCCCACAUUGAAAAAGUUCUGUUGCAGCACCCACAAGUGUCAGAUGUUGCUGUGGUUGGAAUCCCUGAUCAACAGUUACACGAGGAGGUCUGCGCAUGCGUAAUUCUACGCGAAGAUACACGUGAAUGUGAUGGUUCGGACGAAGAAGCAAAAAUUCUAGAGAUAAGAGAAUGGUGCAAGAAACAGUGGCCUCCUGGACCAGAUGGGCUGAGCUUGACACCCAAAUAUUUUCUUGCAAUGAAAAAGUUCCCCGUAUUAGAAAGAACAGGAAAGACCUUUGUGCGAGGAGUUAAGGAUUAUGCUUUAAAAAAGCUUAACGUUUAG